UUUCGGCACAGUUCGCGCAUGCCCAGACAAAACUUACGUGGCAUGAAACAAUUUCUAUAGUAGAAAACGUAAACAAACAGAUAAAACCAUGCAUCACCUGACACUAACAGCGAUUGUUGUUGCUGCUGUUUUGUGUAUAUCUUCCGUCCAAUGUUACUUCAUAAACAUCGACGCUCACGCAGAAGAAUGUUACUUCGACAAAGUCACGUCCGGUACCAAAAUGAGCCUGAUGUUUGAGGUGGCAGAAGGGGGAUUCCUUGACAUAGACGUUAAGAUUUAUGGUCCAGAUGGCAAAGUGAUUCAUUCAGGUGAUAGGGAGUCAAAUGGGAAAUACACAUUUGCUGCACACAUGGACGGAGUAUACAAAUACUGUUUCAGUAACAAGAUGUCAACAAUGACACCAAAGAUUGUCAUGUUUACUGUGGACAUUGGAGAAAAACCAAAACAAGAAGAAAAUAUGGAAGGAGAUGAACACCAGAACAAACUUGCUGAGAUGAUAAAUGAACUGUCUACAGCACUUACAGGUGUGAAACAUGAACAGGAAUAUAUGGAAGUUAGAGAAAGAAUUCACAGAGCCAUAAAUGACAAUACAAACUCGAGAGUGGUGCUGUGGUCAUUCUUCGAGGCAUUGGUUUUAGUUGCCAUGACGCUCGGACAAGUCUAUUAUUUGAAGAGAUUCUUUGAAGUUCGGCGAGUUGUAUAACAGAAGUGCUAUAUAGACAUCUAGGAUAACAAAUUGUUUACCAGUGUAAGCUUCAGGCAGCAGCAAUCAAGAAAAAUAGUUUUAACUCUUACCCUGCUAAAUUUCAAUAAUGAACUGGUCCAUCUUCCAAUUUGGACAGUACCAUUAACUGUUAAAAGGGGUGCUUACAAAAAAGAAACUGACUGCAUAGCGAACAGUGGAGAUCAUGAUCAGACUGCAAGGAUGUGCAGGCUGAUCAUGAUCUACACUGGGCGCAAAGGCAGAACCAGUCAUGUUCAGCAUGAUAAGGGUUAAAAAGAAAGUUUAGUGUUGAACGCAUAUAUUCAAAAUGAAUCCAACCAUCAACAGGGGCUUGAAAAAAAAGAAGAGACAUUGUUCUAUAUACAGAGGAUAUAAAUAUACAAGACCACCAUGCAGAUUUGGAAACCUGAAGCACAUUGUGAAGCUGUGCUGUAGGUGGAACAGACAGACAAGACAAAAGGACUUUAAGAAAUAAAUUUGGGCUGUAGACUAUCUGAUUGUUAAAAUAUUGCAAAUAUCUCUGUGUUUUUGUUUCAUUUGUGAGUUUUACCAAAUGUUUGAACAAUGGUAAGAAAAUGGUUAAGGGUAUUAUAUAUUUGUAUCAAAAUUGUAAUAGUUUAAUAUAAGAUUGUGAAAAUUCUACUUCUAGAUCGAUGUAAACUUGAACAUUAACUUUGAAGAUACCAGUAAUUCUUUUUGAGGAAGCAGUUUUUAAAUGAGGAUGUUCUCUAGUCAUAUGAUAUUUUCAGAUGGAAUUGUUUGGAAAGAGAUAAGAACUUGUUUGUUGGUGUCUGUAUGGGAGAGGUUCAUGAUUACAUAAUUACAACGUUUACUUACUGCUGCAGCUUUAUGAAAAUGUAAACCAAGCUCAUGCUAUUUUUAUAUUGACUUCCCAUAUAUAUAUGACUGGGAGAUGUGGGGAGGGAUUUGUAUCUUUAACUUAUUUUCAAAAAUAUGUGUGUAACAUAUGACUGAAUGGUGUAAGAGUGUUGCUGUGAUGAGUACUGCAUUUGUGUAAUAUGAUAUAAAUGUAUAUUUUAUGUGUGAUCCGAUAUUGUAUCAUCAUUCCUUUAAGGCUUAUGUUGAUUUAUGUCCUAUUUGGUAUAACAGUUGUUACAUUAUUUGUUUAGAUUCUAUACAUGUAUGGGUAUUUAGAGAUGUUUUAUCAUUGGCAUGCAGCUGAAUUGUCCAAAACACUUCAAGAGUAAGAUAAUUAAUAUAGUUUUCAGCAUAUAGUCUUUGAUGAUCAAAGCAUGUUACAUGUACAUGAUAUUAUGCUGAAAAACAUGAAGUAUAUUGGAUUAUUGUCACUGUUAGAUGAUUGAAAGUCUUGUACAUGUAUGAAAUCUCCACAUAACUGUAUGUAUAAUUUUUGUAUAAAAUAUUUGUUCCUGAAUAAUUGUGUUAAACUGAUUGAUAACAAAUGACUUUUCGUUGAUCAGAAGUGUACUGGUACAUCAUUGGCAGUUUUGUAGUGAAUGUGUCAGUUACUGUCAAGCCUCAUUGGGAUGAGGUAGUUGCUGAUAAUAUGAAUCAAACCAACUUAAGACGUACUCUUGGUGGAUGUAAUGAAAAUUUUGUAACAGAAAGUGAACUUUAUUACUUAUUUUUCAGUGAAUUAUUGAAACAGUGAAAUGUAUUUGGUAAUUUCACCGUGAAAAAUAUCAAGAAUGACUUUCACUGGUUUUUCGGCCCAAAUUGGAAAAUCUGGUUAAAACCAAUGAAAUUACAUAUUAUUAGAAAAAUAUGUUUGUUGUACAUGUACGAUUUUUUCCACUUAUGAACGCCAUAUCUUACAUUUUUUUCAAGUGGCUGAGUCAGUUGUAGAAUUACUGCAUCUCAUGUCAUGUCCACUCAAUUGAAGAGAUUUUGAUCUUUUAUUGAAACAGACAAAUAAUGACUUACUAAUGAUUCACUUAUCUGUCUUUUUCUGGUUUUCUAAUAUAUAUAGAACAUUAAUUUAAUGUCUAUGUGUCUCUGGUAGAGUUGGUGUAACUCUCAAUUUGUUCUUCAUUGUUUUAUUGAAAAUUUAAGUAAAGGUUCAUAAUUAGGCCUGUUAACAUUUGGUAAUUUUUAAAGUGAAUAUGAGUCAAUAUUGCUGUAACUGUGAUGAUGCCAGGAAUCACUUGUGUUGUUGGUAGUCGAGAAGUUCUUGUAGGAACAAACAAUUGCUCAGUGAGACAAACAGAUGUUUUAUCACGGUAUCUAUGGAUAGUAUGCAUAAUUUGAUAGCUUUAUGCUUACAUUACAUCUUACAUUUUAUUUCUAAGCAGUAACAUGAAACGAAAUAAAUAAACUGGAAAGAGAUA